AUGGAUCUCCGGAGAAGAGCGGUUCUCGGCAAUGACAGACUCCCAGUGCUCCUGAUGCUGUUCCACGCAGUGGCUCAGAUCGUAGCAGAACAAGAGGUGGAAAAUCUUUCUGGACUCUCCACUAACCCUGAAAAAGACAUAUUUGUAGUGAGAGAAAAUGGGACGACGUGUCUCAUGGCAGAAUUUGCAGCCAGAUUUAUUGUACCUUACGAUGUGUGGGCCAGCAAUUAUGUCGAUCUGAUCACAGAACAGGCUGACGUCGCCUUGACUCGGGGAGCAGAGGUGAAAGGCCACUGUGGCCACAACGAAUCGGAGCUGCAGGUGUUCUGGGUGGAUCGCGCUUACACACUGAAACUGCUCUUUGUGAAGGAAAGCCACAACACCUCCAAGGGCCCUGAGGUGACAUGGAGGAUGAGUAAGGUGCAGUUUGUCUACGAUUCUUCGGAGAAGACCCACUUUAAAGAUGCAGUCAGUGCUGGAAAACACACAGCCAACUCCCAUCGCCUCUCUGCCUUAGUCACUCCAGCUGGGAAGUCCUAUGAGUGCCAGGCUCAGCAGACCAUUUCUCUGGCUUCCAGUGACCCUCAGAAGACAGUUACCAUGAUUCUAUCUGCUGUUCACAUCCAACCCUUUGAUAUCAUCUCAGAUUUUGUCUUUAGUGAAGAGCAUAAAUGCCCGGUGGAUGAACGAGAACAAUUGGAAGAAACCUUGCCCUUGGUUUUGGGCCUUAUCUUGGGCCUUGUCAUUGUGAUAACACUUGCCAUUUACCAUGUCCACCACAAAAUGACUGCCAAUCAAGUGCAGAUUCCUCGGGACAGAUCCCAGUACAAGCACAUGGGUUAA